UAAGCUUGGGAAGAAGGUGCUGUGGAGUCUGGAAGAGGAGACCAGCUGCAUCAAGGACCUAUGGCAGCUGCCCAUCAUCCCUUGGAAUGGGAAGACUCCAACAGCAGCAACGGCAGCAGCGGCAAAGGCAACAGCAGGAGGAGAUGCAAUUGCACCAACUCUUCAACUCGGUGAAAGCGGAUGGCACCAGCAUUGGGGGUUAUGUGUGCUUGCUAGGAGGUGGUGCUGUGAGCUGGCGCAGCAAGAAGCAGAAUGAGGUGGGAUUGUCCUCAUUGAAGACCCAUCAGCAGGCAGCAGAUAUUUUCACCAAGCGUCUAGCGGAGGCGGAUCAUUGGAAGGGCAUGAAGCUUGCUGGGAUGUGUGUGCAUUGAGUAUGCAUGCUUGAGAUGUUGGUAUGGUGGUUGAUGGUUGGCAGCCAGAGGGGGAGAUUGUUGUGUGGUGUCAUCAUA